AUGGCAAGACGUUUGAGGAGUGCGAAUGUAUUAUUAGAGAGAAUAAAUGAUAUCGAUGCAGAAUGUUCUGAAGAUGAUCAGGAAAUUCUGGAUAUGGAAAAUAACAAUACGGAAAAUUAUGAUCCACUUGAAACAGAUUCGAACACCGAUGAGAACGAAGAGAAUAUUUCGAACGUACGUAGACGACGAAAGAGAAGGAGAUUCUUAGUUAGUUCCGAUAGUGAGAAUGAGGAAGAAGUAAGCGAAAUUGCGAUGGACGGAACUGUUUGGCACGAAGUAAAAAAUAGGUCUAAUCCUGGAAGAGCACCUGGUCAUAAUAUUUUUAGGGAAACAUCAGGCCCGACUGGGUACAGUAAACGUAAUAUUAUGAAAGGCGAAGUUAGGACGGCAUUUUCUGUGAUAAUUGAUAAGAAUAUAAUCGAACUUAUAAGAAAGUGCACAGAGGCAGAGGCAUUUAGAGUGUUGGGAUAUAAAUGGGAACUAUCUACUGCAAAGUUAUAUGCAUUUUUUGCAAUUCUGUAUGCACGCGGCGCAUAUGAGGCUAAGAAUAUAGAUAUAGCACUUCUAUGGAAUAAAAAGUGGGGCCCGCCUUUUUUCUCAAAUACUAUGAGUAGACAUGACUUUACGGAGAUUAUGAGAUUUAUUCGAUUUGACGACAGAAAUCAACGAAACCAACGGUUACAAACCGAUAAAUUUGCUAUGAUUUCCGAAGUUUGGUACAAGUUUAUUGACAACAGUCAGAAUUGUUAUAAACCAGGACCAUAUAUUACUAUUGACGAACAAUUGUUUCCAACGAAAGCAAGGUGUAGAUUUACUCAAUACAUGCCCAAUAAACCGGACAAAUUUGGUAUAAAAUUCUGGUUAGCAUCCGAUGUGCGUCAAAUAUAUAAUAAACGGCUUUCCAUAUUUGGGAAAAGAUGAAAGUAGAGAACCCUCAGUUCCUCUUGGAGAGUUUGUCACUAUGGGCUUUCCAUAUUUGGGAAAAGAUGA